AGGGCAGCAAACUCAUUCCAACGCGGAUUUUUGCACGAAGUGGAGGUGGUGUUCUUAGACGUCCUGGGACAGCCACUUAUCCUGGGCACCAACGCGGCUGCCCCAACUGCAAGCCAGAGACCCAGGAAUCCUGAAGCCAAUUUAUUCAACAGGAAACAAAACAUGACUUACCAUAAUAUCUUUUUUUGGCUCUUUUUGGUCCUGCUUCUUCGGAACUCUGUGUUUGCUGAAGAUGGGGAAAUAAGAUCAAGUUGUCGUACUGCUCCAACAGACUUAGUUUUUAUCUUAGAUGGCUCUUAUAGUGUUGGUCCAGAAAAUUUUGAAAUAGUGAAAAACUGGCUUGUCAAUAUCACAAAAAACUUUGAUAUAGGGCCAAAGUUCAUCCAGGUUGGAGUGGUCCAAUACAGUGACUACCCUGUCCUAGAGAUUCCCCUUGGAAGCCAUGAUUCAGGAGAGAACUUGCUGGCAGCUAUGGAAUCCAUACACUAUUUAGGAGGAAACACACGAACUGGAAAAGCCAUCCAGUUUGCACUUGAUUACCUUUUUGCCAAGUCCUCACGUUUUCUGACCAAGAUAGCAGUCGUACUCACAGAUGGCAAAUCCCAAGAUGAAGUAAAGGAGGCAGCAGAAGCAGCAAGAGACAAUAAGAUCACAUUAUUUGCUAUUGGUGUGGGCUCAGAAACAGAAGAUACAGAGCUUAGAGCAAUUGCCAACAAGCCUUCAUCCACUUAUGUGUUUUACGUGGAAGAUUAUAUUGCAAUAUCCAAAAUCAGGGAGGUGAUGAAACAGAAACUUUGUGAAGAGUCUGUCUGUCCAACACGAAUUCCAGUGAUAGCUCGAGAUGAAAAGGGAUUUGAUAUUCUUUUAGGCUUGGGUGUGAAAAAAAAGGUUAAAAAAAGAAUCCAACUUUCACCAACAAAGAUCAAAGGAUAUGAAGUAACAUCAAAAGUUGAUUUAUCAGAAUUCACAAGCAAUGUCUUCCCAGAAGGCCUUCCUCCAUCGUAUGUGUUUGUCUCAACUCAGAGAUUUAAGGUCAAGAAAAUGUGGGAUUUGUGGAGAAUUUUAACAAUUGAUGGAAGACCACAAAUAGCAGUUACCUUAAAUGGUGUGGAUAAAACCUUGCUAUUUACAACAACGAGUAUAAUUAAUGGCUCACAAGUGGUCAUUUUUUCUGAUCCUCCAGUGAAGAAAUUGUUUGAUGAAAACUGGCAUCAAAUUCGUCUUUUAGUGACAGAAGAAGAUGUAACACUUUAUAUUGAUGAUCAACAGAUUGAAAAUAAGCCCUUACAUCCAGUUUUAGGGAUCUUCAUCAGUGGCCAAACCCAAAUAGGAAAAUACUCUGGAAAAGAAGAAACUGUCCAGUUUGAUGUCCAAAAGUUGCGUAUCUACUGUGAUCCAGAACAGAACAAUCGGGAGACAGCAUGCGAAAUACCUGGAUUUAAUGGUGAGUGCCUCAAUGGUCCCAGUGAUGUGGGUGCAACUUCAGCUCCCUGCACUUGUCCUCCAGGGAAACCAGGACUGCAAGGACCUAAGGGUGACCCAGGACAGCCUGGGAGCCCUGGCUACCCUGGACAACCUGGUCAAGAUGGUAAGCCUGGGUAUCAGGGACUCUCGGGAUCCCCUGGUGUUCCAGGUUCUCCAGGAAUACAAGGAGCUCGAGGACUUCCAGGUUACAAAGGGGAACCAGGGAGAGAUGGUGAAAAGGGUGACCGUGGACUUCCUGGUUUCCCUGGGCUUCAUGGAACAAGAGGAUCAAAGGGUGAAAUGGGUUCCAAAGGAGAUAAAGGAUCACCUGGAUUUUAUGGCAAAAAGGGUGCAAAAGGUGAAAAGGGAAAUGCUGGCUACCCUGGCCUUCCUGGACGUGCUGGAGAACCAGGAAGAGAUGGAAAGGAUGGAUUAACUGGUAGUCCUGGUUACAAGGGAGAAGCAGGACCUCCAGGGGCUCCAGGACAGGAUGGACCUCGGGGAGAGCCUGGGAUUCCAGGGUUUCCAGGAAACCAAGGAUUAAUGGGACAAAAGGGAGAAACUGGAUCUCCAGGACCACAAGGAAAAAAGGGAGCUCCAGGGAUACCUGGUUUGAUGGGAAAUGAUGGUUUGCCAGGCCAUCCAGGGGCACCAGGAUCCAAGGGAACCAAGGGUGAACCUGGACAUCAAGGGAUUUCUGGAACUUCUGGGCUCAAGGGAGACAAAGGAGCGAUGGGGCCCCCAGGAGAGCCAGGAUACCUGGGUUUACCUGGGAUGCAAGGAAAAAGGGGGGACAAAGGAAGUCAAGGUGAAAAAGGCAUUCAGGGUCAAAAGGGAGAAACUGGAAGACACGGGAAUCCAGGACAACAGGGAAUUCAAGGCCAUCGUGGUGAAAAAGGAGAGAGAGGUGAAAAGGGAGAACCUGGUGUCAGAGGAGCCACUGGAACAAAAGGAGAAACUGGGGUGAAUGGCCCCCUGGGGCCUGCAGGCCCCCAGGGACAUCCAGGGGCUACAGGUCCUCGGGGACCCCCAGGAUUAAAUGGAAAACCUGGAAGAGAAUUUUCAGAACAGUUUAUUCGACAAGUUUGUGCAGAUGUAAUAAGAGCCCAGCUACCAACCUUACUUCAGAGUGGAAGAAUCCAAAGUUGUGACCGUUGCCAGUCCCAGCGCAGUUCCCCAGGUGUUCCUGGCCCACCUGGUCCCAUCGGCCCUGAAGGGCCUCGGGGAUUCCCUGGUUUGCCAGGCAGAGACGGUGUUCCUGGAUUGAUGGGUGCUCCGGGACGCCCAGGACUCAGAGGAUUAAAAGGCCUACCAGGAAGAAAUGGGGCAAAGGGGAGCCAAGGGUUUGGGUAUCCUGGAGAACAAGGUCCUCCUGGUCCACCAGGUCCAGAGGGUCCUCCUGGAAUAAGCAAAGAAGGCCCCCCAGGAGACCCAGGUCUCCCCGGCAAAGAAGGAGAUCAUGGAAAGCCUGGAAUCCAAGGGCAGCCGGGGCCCCCUGGCAUCUGUGAUCCAUCGCUGUGCUUCAGUGUAAUGGUUGGGAGAGAUCCAUUUAGAAAAGGACCAAACUAUUAGUUUCUGGUGCCUCAUUGAGCAACUUGGCAUGGUGCUUUUCUUUUGUGGUCUUUUGCAUCUCAGGAAGAAAACCAACAGUAAUCCCUUGAACAGAAACUAAAGUACCUCGGUGUUUUAUUAUUUUUUUCCCUCAAGGAAAAACAAAUAAAAGGUGAUAUAGACUGAUUUUUAGGACUCUUCGGUCAUUUUAGAGCCUUUAAGUUAGUUGCACUAACUAAAAUUCAAGGGUAUCUUGGAAGUUCAUUUGUUUUUAUCAAAGCUGAAUAGAAAGAAAUUGCCAUUGCCUGUUAGCCAAUCAAUUUUAGUCACUGUGAAAAUGUUCACAUUCAUCCUCCAUGAAGCAGAGUAUUUGACUUCAAUUUCAUGUCUGUGUGAAUUUCAUGUCUCUUAUCUAACUGUCCAUGUUUCUGCAUGAGCUCAAAUAUGUAUCUGGUCAUUGGAAAUAAGAUCAGGGCUAAUUGAUAUUCAGCUUGGUCUCAUAAUAGUCCAUAUUGAAGAGGGCCAAUGGAAUGUGGAUGUUCAAUGUUUUGAAUAUUACCUCCAAAUAAGAUUACUUUGCUCCUUAUUUCCUUUGAAAAUUCACAUAUUUGAUUAAUGUUUAUGACAGGAUAGGAUACUGAUUACAUAGGGAAUGGUCAAAAUUAUGUCUGUCAUAUUUAAAGGCUUUAGUAAAAUGCAAGUUUAGAAAUAUAUUUUUUUUCUUCAUAGUUUCUGAGCAUUCGGAAUGUUUUUAACGUGCCUAUGUUUUUCAUUUCACUUACUAUAUGUGUACAUUCAUAUAUGUUAACUUUCAUUGUAGCAAAUCUAAUUAGAAUACUGUUGGAAAGUAAAAGUAACUCUGCUUUAUGUCCUAAUAUGUCCUGAUGAUUUUAGCAGUUUUAAAAAUAUUCCAAUCAUUGUGUACUGUACUUAAUGCUUUGGAAGGAAUAUAACUUGAGAAAUUUUAUGCUUACCAUGCUCAAAUUUUGUUACAUGCUUGUUAUUGAAAGUACAAUAAAGUUUGUA